AUGCCGGUGCCCGGAUUGGACUACUUCGAGAGACGUUCUGGUCUAGUCUGGACUGCAAACUUCCAAGACAAACGGGAAUCUGUUUUGGCCGUCCAAAAGCCCUCUUUCAAAGACGAUGAGAGCCGGGCGGCCCUAGGCGACUUUAACCCCAGACAACCCACGAUGGACUGGGGUAGAAGCCUCGGCGUCGUAUCAUUUGAGGAAAAUUGGCUCGGGGAGUGUGGGGUAGCCGGCCGGCCGUUUGCCUCGAGCCAAUCAUCACGGGUGAAAGCAGACCGAAUAUGCUCAUUCCGGAGGGAUCCGAUGCUGUCUGAGCUGUUGAGUGGAUCUAAGGGAAAUACAGAGGCUGCUCUAGAGGCGAAGGAAGGGGAAUCGGCAGUGGAUUUGGACUGGUUCGUGCUGCAAGGAGCAUCUCAUGGUUCGAGACCCAGCUAUCGGAAGGCCAUUCCGUGUUGCACUAGAAGGGUAGCAGUGCAGGAUGAAAGCAGCCCUUCUGGUCGUGUCUUCCCGCUCCCAGAGCUGAGGUUGGGGAACCUCUAUAUAUCCGCCGAGGCACCGCUGCAACCUGAGAUCCUACGGUCCCAGAGACUCGGGCUUCUCGUUUCUUCACCCGCGUUUCCAUUUGCCUCGAUCCUCACCUGA